AUGUCUUCCAACCGCGCAGAGCCCCCGCGUGUAUAUGCAGCAGGCGACUUCAGCUGGAUGGAAGACGAGCGCUACGGCGGCACAAAGUCGCUGUGGACGCGCGUGAAGGAAGAUCCGCUCGUGCCGCUCGGGUGCGCGCUGACGGCGGCCGUGUUACUGGGCGGUCUCGUGACGUUCCAGCGCGGACAGUCCAAGUUGGGGAACAAGUUCAUGCAGGCGCGAGUGGUGCUGCAGACGGCCACCGUCUUUGCAGUGGCAGGGGGUGCAGCGAUGGCGGCUGGAGAGAAGAAGGAGAUGAAGAAGCUGAGCUACGAGGACCGCAUGAAGAUUGGGCUGUCGGACGAGUGA